GUCCAGCAGCCAGCGCCCCACCGACGGCAGCGCACCGCCCUGCCCGCCACCUGCGCCGCUCGCCGCCCCAGGCCCCGCGGACAGCGCCCUGCCCCGGGCCGAGCCACGCCGCUGUCGCCCGCACAGCCCUCGGGGAGCAGAAGAGUCACCAUGCCCGCCCCACGCGCCGCUGCCUUCCUCCUGCUGCACCUGGUCCUGCAGCCGUGGCAGCGGGCGGGCGCCCAGGCCACCCCCCAGGUCUUGGACCUUCUGCCGUCCCCUGGUCAGAGACUGAACCCAGGUACCCUGCAACCGGUCCUGACAGAUCCCACCCUGCAGGAGAUCUACCUGAUCUCCACCUUCAAGCUGCAGAGUAAGAGCUCGGCCACCAUCUUCGGCCUUUACUCUUCCAGUGACAACAGCAAAUACUUCGAAUUCACCGUGAUGGGACGCUUGAACAAAGCCAUCCUCCGUUACCUGAAGGAUGAUGGGAAGAUCCAUUUGGUGGUUUUCAACAACUUGCAGCUGGCUGAUGGGAGGCGCCACAGGAUUCUCCUGAGACUGAGCAAUUUGCAGAGUGGGGCUGGCUCUAUAGAACUCUACCUGGACUGUGCCCAGGUGGAUUCCAUGCACAACCUCCCCAGAGCCUUUUCUGGCCUUCCCCAGAACCCGGAGUCCAUUGAACUAAGGACAUUCCAGAGGAAGCCACAGGACUUCUUGGAAGAGCUGAAGCUGGUGGUGCGGGGCUCGCUGUUCCAGGUGGCCAGCCUACAAGACUGUUUCCUGCAGCAGAGUGAGCCGCUGGCUACCACAAGCACAGGAGACUUCAAUCGACAGUUCUUGGGUCAAAUGACACAGUUAAACCAACUCCUUGGAGAGGUGAAGGAUCUUCUGAGGCAGCAGGUCAAGGAAACAUCGUUUUUGCGAAACACGAUAGCUGAAUGCCAGGCUUGUGGGCCUCUCAGCUUUCAGUCCCCAACCCCAAACACACUAGUGCCCAUAGCUCCUCCAGCACCCCCAACUCGCCCGCCACGCCGGUGUGACUCCAGCCCUUGCUUCCGAGGCGUCCGAUGCACAGAUACCAGGGAUGGCUUCCAGUGUGGCCCCUGCCCGGAUGGUUACACAGGGAAUGGAAUCACCUGUUCUGAUGUGGAUGAGUGCAAAUACCAUCCCUGCUAUCCAGGUGUGCGCUGUGUGAACUUGGCUCCAGGCUACAGAUGUGAUGCCUGCCCAGUAGGCUUCACGGGGCCCAUGGUGCAGGGUGUUGGAGUCAACUUUGCUAAGACAAACAAGCAGGUGUGCACUGAUGUCGAUGAGUGUCGAAAUGGAGCGUGUGUUCUGAAUUCUAUCUGCAUCAACACUUUGGGAUCGUAUCGCUGCGGGCCUUGCAAACCGGGGUACACUGGUGACCAGACCCGGGGGUGUAAGACCGAAAGAAACUGCAGGAACCCAGAGCUGAACCCCUGCAGCGUGAACGCUCAGUGCAUUGAAGAGAGGCAGGGGGAUGUGACCUGUGUGUGUGGUGUUGGUUGGGCUGGUGACGGCUAUGUCUGUGGAAAGGAUGUAGACAUUGACAGUUACCCCGAUGAAGAACUGCCGUGCUCUGCUAGGAACUGCAAGAAGGAUAACUGCAAAUAUGUGCCAAACUCUGGCCAAGAAGAUGCAGAUGGAGACGGCAUCGGAGAUGCCUGUGAUGAAGAUGCUGAUGGAGAUGGGAUCCUGAAUGAGCAGGACAACUGUGUCCUGACUCACAAUGUAGACCAGAGGAACAGUGAUAAAGAUAUCUUCGGGGAUGCCUGUGACAACUGCCGGACUGUCCUGAAUAAUGACCAGAGGGACACUGAUGGGGAUGGAAAAGGAGAUGCCUGUGAUGAUGACAUGGAUGGAGAUGGAAUAAAAAACAUUUUGGACAACUGCCCCAGAGUCCCCAACCGUGACCAGCGGGAUCGGGAUGGCGAUGGUGUCGGAGAUGCUUGUGAUAGCUGUCCUGAUGUCAGUAACCCUAACCAGUCGGAUGUGGAUAAUGAUCUGGUUGGGGACUCCUGUGACACCAACCAGGACAGUGACGGGGAUGGCCACCAGGACAGCACAGACAACUGCCCCACCGUCAUUAACAGUGCCCAGCUGGACACUGACAAGGAUGGGAUUGGCGAUGAGUGUGACGAUGAUGAUGAUAAUGAUGGCAUCCCAGACCUGGUGCCCCCUGGCCCAGACAACUGCCGGCUGGUUCCCAACCCAGCCCAGGAAGACAGCAACAAAUACCAGAGACUGAGGGCUAACAAACAACAGAGCCGACGUCUGGCCAUGCUGGAGAUCACGGCACUGGCAGAUGAGAGGGCCCAGUUUGGCAGUAGCUGCGGUGACCGCGUGUCACACACGUGA